AUGACGCGAGAGGUGACUCGAAUCGAUCUUUCCAACAACACCGAAUUGUUACCCAACGAUUUGCUUCAACGAUUACCUGCCUGCACAACACCACUAGCACGCAAACUUGGGCAUCACAGCAGCAGCAACAACAACAACAGCAACGACAGCUCUUCCAACCAACAUGUCACUCAGCUUUUAUUACGACGCAACGGAUUCGAAGACUUGAAAAACUACAGCAAGGCGCUCCAUUGCAUGCGCCACCACUUGCACGAACUGUCAUUACGCGAAAACAACUUUAGCUACAUCCCGUUCGAGAUACUGUGCCUCACCCAGCUGACGUCGUUGUCAUUGGCUAGUAACCGAAUCCAAGAUAUUCCAGAAGGCACAUUAUGCAGCCUGUCAAACUUGCAAUGGCUCUCCUUAUCGAACAAUUAUUUGAUCCAACUUCCUAACGAUCUUGCCAAAUGUCAUCGGCUCAAAGGACUUGAUAUCCACAGUAAUGAAUUCUCAAGUAUACCACCUGUGAUCUUUGAGCUCAAGAACCUUGAAGUUCUGUUGAUCCAACGUAACCGCAUCAAUCAAAUUCCGUCCGCUUUUCCAAAUAGAGUGCACACGCUCAAUCUUGGGUUUAACGCGCUCGAUCACGUACCACAGACACUUGUUGAUGCAUUACCGACAAAUUUGUCUCACUUGUACCUAUCUGGCAACCCACUGCAGACCUUACCAAAAGACUUUCUUCUACAACCAACACAGCAUCAGCAGCAAAAGCAGAGCAGCAAUACCAAGACACAACAACAACAACGGCAGCUACAAUUAACCAGUCUCGAUCUGCACACAUGUGGAUUGACAGAGAUUGCGCCGUCUUUCUUCACUUAUCCAGCCGUGCGUCGUCUACAACGUCUCAACCUGGCCAUUAACCAACUCAGCGCCAUUCCAGACACCUUGGGUCUCUUGACCGAGUUGGAAUGGCUGAAUCUCAAUGAUAACCGCCUGUCGACACUGCCAGCUUCUAUGGGCGAAUUAACCAAGUUGGUGAAACUAGGGCUGGUGCAGAACCAGUUGAAAUGUUUGCCACCGCGCUUGUUUAGUCGGAUGCAAUGUUUGCAAAAAGUCGAUAUUCGCCGGAAUAAAUUGGCCUAUUUUCCGGCAUCCGUGUUGGCACUUGCACCGCUCACUGAAGCUAUUGCGGUCGAAGAGGUCGGCGUGCCGCUUGCUGUAUUUCAUGUCGUUGUGCCGUCACCAGGGGGAGCAGCACAGUCGUACUGUCCACCUUCAUGUCCUGUAUGGAGCAGCCGCCACCAGCGUACAACUACCAAUGAAAACAAUGAUGGUGAUAAGUCCAGAAGCAGCAGCAAUAGCGAGGGAGGUGGUGGUGCCCUCCGCACCAUGCUGUUUUAUGAAAAUCCGUCCAUGGAUCAUAGUACUGGUAUUCUGUACAGCAACAAGACAAUACUGACUCUUGAUUAUGCUGACACGUUAUUGGAACAAGGAGCAGACUUGCAUACAUCGCUUGAUUGGCCACAGACGACAACAACUUGCAUGACGAGUAAAACCGAAGUAGCACGUGAGCUACCAUCGUGUACUAUUACGACCGACGACGAUUCCUCAUCUUCUGCUGUUUCUUCCCAGGUUCUUUCUCUACGCGAAAUUGCUGUCCGUAUCCUUCUCGCUACACACAACAAACCACCAUCCCCGUUUUCUGGACCUCCUACUGCCGUUUUCUGCUUUGAGCACAUGACGGAAAAACACUCUACACCACGUCUGAUUGAUGCUUUUCCUAAAGAACGACAAGCGUUUCUUGACAAGGUAGCAUCACCAAACCUUGUUCCGGAGCAUAUACGGCAGUAUAUCCGUCAAGACUCCAUGCGUCAAUGCGAUCACUGUGGUAAAUGGUUCAGCGACUCGCCCUUUGAAAUCGGGUAUAUGGCUCGAAUGUGUAUGGAACGCGUCCGUGUACCAAUCCGGUUUAGCAUUUGUUCCCGAGCUUGUGCUCUCAACGCGGUUGUACAGCUGCAUACUGCGUCAAAGGGAUGGCGCACAGUGGCAUUGCCUGUGCAACAAUUGGAGCAUGAGGACAUGGCUAUUGAGGAUACACAAGCGCCAGCAUUACAGGAAGAAGUCCAGUUACAUGUCACAAAUAGAGUAACAGGAUGGAAACAACUUGUUCGUCAAGGUUUCUACCGACUUUUCAAGCCUUUCCAACGAUACAGCCAUCAUCACUACCAGCAACAACAACAACAGCAGCAGCAUCACCAGUACAACAAUGAUAGCGUAGAUCCGCCAGCGUUGAUCACAGUUACUAGACAACCCAUCCAUACAUCCAAUCCGCGAACAACCGCAUUCAACCAUCUUCCACGAGAUGCUAUACGAUUGGAGCGAUUCUGA